GCAACAGUAAAGGAAGUGUCGUUCACUUAAGAAAUAAAUGUUUAAAUAUAUAUAUUUCACUUAAAUCACCUCCGGUUAAACUAUUUGCUCAGAACCGGAGAGAGAAAGACAGAGAGACUAACUCACUCCCAUUUCCGGGCUGGUCUCCGGUGGGACUCGGUUCUGCUGCACCUUAGCGCGUUUCAAUAGAAGAUCCGGACUCCGUCACGGCGGCGCUGAGGGCGCAGGAGACGCGUCCGCGGUGCCUGCUGGGGGAUUCGUGGAACCUGACUUUAGCGCGUGUGGAGGCACGAGGGGAUCCGGUCGGUGCGGAUCGGACCAGAACCGGACCGGAGGAGGCUCCAUCAGGCAGGGAAACUUUAACUGGAUCUUGUGGGUGUUGUGGGAUCGGAGCAGCUUCCCCCCACUGACAGAGAGACCACUUGUACCGCCGCCACAACUGUGCCAAGAGACAGUGAAAGGCACCGGAGCGGACCCGCGCAGCAUAUAAAUCAGCCGCUCUCCGGUUUGGCAAGGGCGAGAGAGAAGCAGCACCGUGAAGAACCGAGCAGGGACAUGAGACGUCUUCCGUUCGGGGGACGGAGGACAGCAGCAGCGAGCAGGGAGCGGAUGUAAAACCCUCGUCUCCUCGUGUUGCCACGGGCGCGCAGGAGGCGCAGGACACGCAUCGAUCCGCGCUUUGCGUUUUUUUGCGCUGCGUAUGUGUCGGGAGCGGAGCUGUACUGGUGAGCGGUGGGAUUAAGAGGCGCUUCCACCUGAACCGAACCCUGGAAGUGUGAACCAUGAAGACCGGGCUCCUGGUUCUGCUCGUUUGCUCUGCGGCAUUUUUCGCAGGGCGCCGCUGCGCCGCGACGGGGAUGGACCCGCCGAGCGCCGGCUUCAGCAACGGCACCAGCGGGGACGGAGGCUCCAAGAGGGACUCGAACCAGACCAUGCUGUCCAGGAACAAGAGGAAGACUCUGGCCGUGGACUUCGCGGUACCCUCGCUGCUGAGAUACUAUCUGGCGGAGUUCAUCAAGAGACCUCUGAACGGGGACUGCCAGAUUUUCCGCGGCUGCUACGCGCUGCGGGCGAACUUAAAGAUGCUCUGCGUUCCUUUACAGAAAACCAUUUCUACUUUUGUGGACCCGAGAGCCGCAAAAGACCCGGAGAACCGGUCUGCUGAAGGACAGCUCCCGUUCAUCUACCAACGGCCGCUGUCCAAAGUUCUGAACCUGGGUCUGACCAAAGCGAGCAGGAAAUCCAACCAAGUGGUGGUGGAGAUAGGAGAGGAUAUAGUCAGGACGGGCUGCGGCGGGCUGACCGUGCACGAGGAGGACCCCGUGCUCGUGCUGGAGAUGGACCUCACGACCAUCCUGGAGUGGUGGCUCGGAGCGGAGGGGGGCCGGCUCAGGGUCCGGCUCAUGCCCGAGAAAAAGGCGCAGGUGCCCGGGAUGGAGGACCGCUACACCGCGGCCAUCCGAGCUGCAGACCCCCGCCUGAGCCUCGAGAUAUCCUCCCGGGGUGAGCCUUUGGGAGGCAGGAAUGCUGCUGGGAUUCCCCGAGGGCCCUGGAGCUUCUCCUGGGUAGCCGAGGACGACCUGAGUUUUCCAAACGCCGUUCCCAAGUCAGAUCAUCAGUGUCCGGGUAAAGGAGGAACAUGUGACCCCCAGACCGAGGAGAUCCCAGAGUUCACGUGGAGCAUCGUGGCAGACGGGAACCUACAAGAGGAGCGGAGCGGGAGAGCCGGGAAGAAAACGGGAAGUCCUCAGGGAUGGGAGGAAGGUAAGAAUGAAGGUCAGUUCUUCUGGGUGAACGGGUCGGCCUUCGGAGGCCCCUGGGCGCUGAGUCCGUGGCUCUGGGGGGGUCAGGGCCUGUGUACCCUGGACAUGGCCGUGUUUUUCCACCCGAAACAAAGCGGGCAGUACACCAUCCGGCUGUUGGAGCGAGACAAGCCGCCCCAGGCCCUCGUCUCGACCGACACGCUGCCACGAAUCACCGGCUGGGCGGUGGUCCACCUCACCCUGGGGACUCGAGGAGGAGCGCCAUUCCGGGUCUCCGCCGGAUACGACCAGAGGAUCCCACAGGAGGACGCGGCCACCAUCGAGCCCCACUUCACCACCAACUGCACCAUGGCGUCCCCACCUGGUCCAAACAUCACGCUGGAGGGUCAGUACCACUGCCACCAGGGACCCGGGAUCCCUCUCGACAAGCUCUGUGACUUCAGCACCGACUGUCCGCUCGGAGACGACGAAGGCGACCGUUGCCGCCGCUUCCUCAACGGCAGCUACUGCUCCUUUGAAGAGGGCGAAUGCGGCUGGCAGUCGUUUGCAGGCCGGAGUCUGUCCUGGAGGAGAGUUCAGUCAGCAGCUAAACCCGGCAGACAGAGCUGCCCGUCGUCAGGUGCAACCUUCACAGUGGAGGGGGGUCAGUCUAAAGGUCAGAGAGGCUCCGCGUUGCUGAAGAGUCCUCUCUUCCCCCCUCCUCUAAGAAACUCCCCGUGCACGGUGCGGUUCUGGCUGUGCUCUGGAGGCCUCCAGAGGAACUCCUUGUCUCUGUGGAUUGUGGAGAACAGCACAGGACCUGACGAGCAGCGCAGACUGUGGCAUUUAGCCGGCGAGUCCAAACCCGAGAGAGGGUGGAGGCUCGUCACCAUUCCUCUCUACGGGCUGGCAGACUGGUUCUGGCUCCAAUUCAGUGCAGAAGAUGGACCUGGACCCGGUUCAACCGUCUCCCUCGACAACGUCUCCUUCAGCAUGGACUGCUUCUUGGCCUCCAAUGGCGAGUUUCCACCUGUGGCCUCCAGCACCUCCAUGAUCUCCUCCAGACCCACGAGCAGGACCCCCACGCCCUCCGUCAGAAGCCCGACGGUCUCCUUCCCCACCACCGACUACUCCAAAAAGUGGAUUUUUCACACCUGCGGGGCCGCCGGCCCCGAGGGCCCGACUCCCUCUCAGUGCCUCAACUCCUACAGGAACACCAACGUCAACGUGACGGUCGGCACCAGCGGGUCCUUCAAAGGCAUCCAGAUGUGGCGAGUCCCGGAGACCGGCACCUACAGGAUCACCGCCUACGGAGCGGCGGGUGGCCGCAGCGUCACGGCCAUGAGCAGGUCACACGGUGUCUACAUCACGGGAGACUUCCUGCUCAGGAGAGGCGAGCUGCUUCACGUCCUGGUGGGACAACAAGGAGAGGACGCCUGCCCCAACGCCAACGCCGUGCUGAAUAAGAUCUGCCUGGAGCAGAGCGGCCCGUUGGUGAACAAGAGCCAAGUGAAGGGAGGUGGAGGAGGAGGAGGCGGGGCCACGUACGUGUUCAAGCUGGACGGAAACGUGCACGUGCCUCUCAUCAUCGCCGCCGGCGGUGGCGGUCGGGGCUACAGCAGCCAAUCAGAGACUCAGCUGGAGCAGAUGGACUAUGACCUCAGCCAACCGGGACGCAACGGGAGGUCCAACUCUUCAGGGGGAGGUGGAGGCUGGAAUGACAGCGCUCCUGUCAGCCAGGGCGGCAGACCGCUGGUGCUGGGAGGCCAGGGAGGCCAGGCCUGUCAGAAGUUCUGGCAGACCCGCGGUGGUUUCGGGGGCGGCGGCGGUGGAUGCAUGUCGGGCGGAGGCGGUGGAGGCUACAGAGGUGGAAACACCUCCCUGCACGACAACCCGAGAGCUGACGGUGAUGAUGGGACGUCGUUCCUCGGCCCAGACGGAGAACCCUUCCUCUAUCCUCUGAAAGCCAUGGAGGGAGACGGUGAGGUCAUCAUCAGCCCCGUUCAGAACUGCAGCCACUGUGAAAGCGGCGAAUGCCACGAGAGCAAAGAUGGCGUCACCUGUUACUGUGACGAGGAGCUGAUCCUGGCUCCGGACGGCGUCUCCUGCAUCAACGCUUCAGACGUGUCGCUGCUGCCUCCACAGCCGAGUCUCUCCCACCUGGCUCUGGGUCUGUCGGUGGGCACCUCGGCCCUGAUCGCCGCCCUGCUGCUGGCCGUGUCCGGAGUCAUGAUCAUGUACCGCCGUAAACACACGGAGCUGCAGUCCAUUCAGCUGGAGCUGCAGAGUCCGGACUGUAAGCUGAGCAAGCUGCGGGCCUCCACCAUCAUGACCGACUACAACCCCAACUACUGCUUCGCCGGCAAGACGGCGUCGGUCAGCGACCUAAAGGAGGUGCCGCGCCGCAACAUCUCUCUCACCAGAGGCCUGGGUCACGGUGCUUUUGGGGAGGUCUAUGAAGGCCUGGCUGUAGGAAUCCCAGGAGAACCCAGUCCGCUGCAGGUGGCUGUGAAGACCCUUCCGGAAGUUUGCUCUGAACAAGAUGAGCUGGACUUCCUCAUGGAGGCUCUGAUUAUCAGCAAGUUCAACCACCAGAACAUCGUGCGUUGCAUCGGAGUCAGCCUGCAGGCCAUGCCCAGGUUCAUCCUGCUGGAGCUCAUGACCGGGGGAGACCUCAAGUCUUUCCUGAGGGAGACCCGACCCCGGCUGGACCAGCCGUCCAGCCUGACCAUGGUGGACCUCCUUAAUGUGGCCAGAGACAUCUCUAAAGGCUGCCAGUAUUUAGAGGAGAACCAGUUUAUACACAGGGACAUCGCAGCUCGAAACUGCCUCCUGACCUGCAAAGGGCCCGGCCGGGUGGCCAAGAUCGGAGACUUCGGGAUGGCUCGAGACAUUUACAGGGCGAGCUACUACAGGAAGGGGGGGCGGGCCAUGUUGCCUGUGAAGUGGAUGCCACCUGAGGCCUUCAUGGAGGGAAUCUUCACCUCCAAAACAGACACCUGGUCGUUUGGGGUGCUGCUGUGGGAAAUCUUCUCUCUGGGAUACAUGCCGUAUCCGAGUCGCAGUAACCAGGAAGUUCUGGAGUUUGUCACCAACGGAGGACGGAUGGACCCACCAAAGAACUGUCCUGGACCUGUCUAUCGGAUCAUGACUCAGAGCUGGCAGCACCAGCCUGAAGACCGGCCCAACUUCUCCACCAUACUGGAGAGAAUCGACUACUGCUUACAGGACCCUGAUGUGGUAACCACGCUGCUGCCUGUGGAGUACGGACCUGUUCCUGAGGAGGAGGAGCAAGUUCCUGUUCACCCAGAUGACCCCUCGGCUCCAGUGGUGAUGGUGAAAGCCCCGGUGCCUGAUGGGGAGGUGCCCCCUCCGCCCCCAUCCUACCCAGGAGAAGACAGAAGGGGGGCGGGGCAUGUGGCACCGGAGACGAAAGCACAGCCAUCGGUUCAGCCUCAGACAUGCAUCCACCAGCCCCACACACACACAUCUGUUGCCAUAACGACCACUAACACUGUCACCUCUGCUGCCGCCCCCGCCUCACUCACUGCCAAGGCGCCACAUGUCGCCAGCCAGCCGAGCUCAGAGGGAGGGCACGUUAACCUGGCCUUCGCUCAGGGCCACCCCCAGGAGAAAGAGGGCCCCAACGGGAAAAGCACCAGUCUGUGGAACCCCACCUACGGCUCCUGGUUCCUGCAGCAGCAGCGGAAGCAGCAGCAGAGGCAGGGUGGCGUGGGCGGGCCAGGUGGCAGCACCGCUAGGGUGCCGGGGGAGGGGCAGGAGCAGGUGGGCCGGACAGUGGCUGAGGUGGCGGGGGCACUGGGCCUCCAGCACCAGCAGUAUCAGCACCACCUGCAGCUGCUGCACCACCAGCAGCAGCAGGAUCUCUGCAGGCCGCUGCUACCGCCACCACCCCCCCCUGCUGCCCAGUCGCCUCUGCUUUUAGAUUCCACAGCUCUGACCCCGGUUCCGCUCUACAGACUGAGACGGUUCCCGUGUGGGAACAUCGGCUAUGGAUACCAGGAGCAGGGCCUGCCUCACAACACCGCCCACAGGAACACCAGCCCCCCACUACCGGCCUCAGCAGCCCUCCAGCGGGGGGCCUCCAAGCCCAGUCCGAUGGCUCUGGGCCGGUCGGGUGUUUCCGAGGACAGCCGCCCGCUGCUGGUUACCAUGGGAACGGUGCAGGACCCGAGGCUGCCUCGGAUGGAGGGCCACAACGCCACUGUGCUUUAGCCUCGACGUUCAGCUGUCCCCCCCCCCCCCCCCCAGACAUUAAAGCACAUCAACUGAAAACAUCAAGUAAAGGAUAAUUUUAAGAGUUUAAAAAAAGAUGUAUUUUUUCACGGUGCGAAGACGAAGCCCGAGAGGAACGAUUACUUACCGAACCGGAGCGUCGGGUCCGACCGCGCUAACCUGCUGAACCUUCACACUGUUCCUACGGGAGAAAUAACUUCUAUCAGACUGUUUUUCAAAACCUUCACAAACUCAAACACCAGAUACAUUUAUACUGGAGGAAGAAACGUGUUUGUUGAUGUUUGCUUGCCUGCUUGUUUAUUUAUACAUCUGUUUAUUUAUUAUUUCUAAGUGGCACUAUUAAAUAUUAAAGACUCACUUAUUCUACAUUUACUGGUUUUAACUUUAGUUGUUUAUCUGAAUUAACUUUUUUAUUAAUACCUAGCAACGAUAAAUCCCAAAAAAGGUAACUCAGGUUACAGAUGAGUUCACUUUUGGUUCAUCAUCUCGUUACUUUUAUUUGCAUCCUGGCAGAAAAAUUCAUGUUUUUCUUUAAGUCUCCAUGAAGCUAAAUUAGCACUUUUUCUAUCCCAGGAUGGGUGCAAACUUUGAUUUUCCUCUGAGCUUUAGAUCGCCUCGACGCUCAGAAGGGCGUUCCCGUAAGCGAGGUGAAAACGGGCUGAAGAGAACUCGUUCUGUCUCCAGUGCCUGUGUUCAACCACGUUCACCUGUUUGAUGUAUAAACCAGCUGCACCUGUAAAUGUUGUAAUUUACUGUAUUGUAUUAUGGUCAAAGCUGUACAUUGCCCUUCAGACGACAUUCGCCAAAAUUAAUAAAUUACUAUAUAACA